UGGAGUUUCAUGGAGUGAUGAGAUUUUAUUUUCAAGAUAAAGCUGCUGGGAAUUUUGCAACAAAAUGCAUUCGGGUCUCUAGUACUGCCACCACUCAAGAUGUGAUCGAGACACUGGCGGAGAAAUUCCGGCCUGACAUGCGGAUGCUGUCGUCCCCCAAGUACUCCCUCUAUGAAGUGCACGUCAGCGGAGAAGAAAGAAGAUUGGCUAUAGAUGAGAAGCCCCUGGUCGUUCAGUUGAAUUGGAACAAAGAUGACCGGGAGGGCAGAUUUGUUCUCAAGAAUGAGAACGAUGCCGUCCCCCCUAAGAAGGCUCAAAGCAAUGGACCUGAAAAGCAGGAGAAAGAAGGUGUUAUCCAGAACUUCAAGAGAACUCUCUCAAAAAAAGAAAAGAAGGAGAAAAAGAAGAGAGAAAAAGAGGCAGUGAGGCAGGCGUCUGAUAAGGACGAUAGGCCUUUCCAAGGGGAUGACAUUGAGAAUUCCCGACUGGCUGCUGAGGUUUACAAAGACAUGCCUGAAACCAGCUUUACCCGAACGAUUUCGAAUCCAGAGGUGGUCAUGAAGCGUCGCCGGCAGCAGAAACUAGAGAGGAGGAUGCAGGAGUUCCGGAGCUCUGACGGGCGGCCUGACUCAGGUGGAACAUUGAGAAUUUAUGCAGAUAGUUUAAAACCAAAUAUUCCCUACAAGACAAUCCUGCUGUCUACCACAGAUCCUGCAGACUUUGCUGUGGCUGAAGCUUUAGAGAAAUACGGUCUGGAAAAAGAAAAUCCUAAGGAUUACUGCAUUGCCCGGGUUAUGCUUCCUCCUGGAGCCCAGCAUUCUGAUGAAAAAGGUGCUAAAGAAAUUAUCCUUGAUGAUGAUGAGUGUCCUUUACAGAUCUUCAGGGAAUGGCCAAGUGACAAAGGGGUUUUAGUCUUUCAGUUGAAGAGGAGGCCACCAGACUAUAUCCCAAAGAAAACUAAGAAGCAUGUCGAUGGGAAGCUGGUGAAGGGCAAGGAGAGAGCGGAGGGGUCGGGCUAUGGCUCUGCGCUUCCGCCUGAGAAGCUGCCCUAUCUGGUAGAGCUAAGCCCAGGGAGAAGGGAUCGCUUUGCCUGCUACAACUAUCACCCUUACGAAGAUGGCUCAGAUUCCAGAGAUAAGCCCAAGCUUUACCGCCUUCAGUUGAGUGUCACUGAGGUUGGGACAGAAAAGUUCGAUGAGAACUCCAUCCAGCUGUUUGGAUCAGGAAUUCAGCCCCAUCACUGUGACCUCACAAACAUGGAUGGAGUUGUCACUGUCACGCCGAGAAGCAUGGAGGCCGAGACUUAUGUGGAAGGACAGCGCAUCUCAGAGACAACCAUGCUGCAGAGUGGGAUGAAAGUGCAGUUUGGGACGUCACACGUGUUCAAGUUUGUGGACCCGAGCCAGGACCACGCUCUGGCCAAGAGAUCUGGGGAUGCAGGCCUGACCGCCAAGGGUCCCAGACACAAGCCUGGAAUUGUUCAAGAGACAACUUUUGAUUUAGGAGGAGAUGUUCAUAGUGGAACAGCAUUAACAACAAGCAAGAGCACCACGAGGCUGGACAGCGACAGGGUGUUGUCUGCCUCCAGCACGGCGGAGCGCGGGAUGGUGAAGCCAAUGAUCAGAGGAGAACGGCAGCAGGAUUACCGCAGGCAAGAAAACAGAACUCAGGAUGCUCCUGGGCCUGAACUGAUAUUGCCUGCAAGCAUUGAAUUCAGGGAAAGUUCUGAAGAUUCAUUUUUAUCUGCCAUUAUAAAUUAUACUAAUAGCUCUACAGUCCAUUUUAAGUUGUCACCUACAUAUGUAUUAUAUAUGGCAUGUCGGUAUGUAUUGUCCAGCCAGUACAGACCGGAUGUCAGUCCUACAGAACGUACUCACAAAGUGAUUGCAAUAGUCAACAAGAUGGUGAGCAUGAUGGAGGGGGUGAUCCAGAAACAGAAGAAUAUUGCAGGGGCACUUGCCUUCUGGAUGGCCAAUGCAUCUGAGCUGCUCAACUUCAUUAAACAGGACCGAGAUCUUAGUCGAAUCACAUUGGACGCCCAAGACGUCUUAGCACACUUGGUUCAAAUGGCGUUUAAAUAUCUGGUUCAUUGUCUUCAAUCAGAACUGAAUAAUUAUAUGCCAGCCUUUCUGGAUGAUCCUGAAGAGAACAGCCUACAAAGACCAAAAAUAGAUGACGUUCUGCACACACUCACGGGAGCCAUGUCUUUGCUGCGACGCUGCCGAGUCAAUGCUGCCCUGACCAUCCAGCUCUUCUCCCAGCUCUUCCACUUCAUCAACAUGUGGCUCUUCAACAGAUUGGUGACCGACCCCGAGUCGGGACUGUGCUCUCACUACUGGGGGGCGAUUAUCCGCCAGCAGCUGGGACACGUGGAAGCGUGGGCAGAGAAGCAGGGCUUGGAGCUGGCAGCCGAUUGCCACCUCAGCCGGAUAGUGCAGGCAACCACUUUGCUUACAAUGGAUAAAUAUGCGCCUGAUGACAUUCCAAAUAUAAACAGUACCUGCUUUAAGUUAAAUUCACUGCAACUUCAAGCCUUGUUACAGAAUUACCACUGUGCACCCGAUGAGCCUUUUAUCCCCACGGACCUGAUCGAAAACGUGGUGGCCGUGGCUGAGAACACGGCUGAUGAGUUGGCGCGCAGUGACGGGAGGGAGGUGCAGCUUGAAGAGGACCCCGAUCUGCAGUUGCCUUUUCUUUUGCCAGAAGACGGCUACUCUUGCGAUGUUGUCAGGAACAUUCCAAAUGGUUUACAAGAGUUUUUAGACCCUUUGUGCCAGAGAGGAUUUUGCAGGUUAAUCCCUCACGCACGCUCACCAGGUACCUGGACGAUAUUUUUUGAGGGUGCAGAUUAUGAGAGCCACCUUCUGCGUGAAAACACGGAGCUGGCUCAGCCUCUGAGGAAAGAACCCGAAAUAAUCACUGUGACUCUUAAAAAGCAAAAUGGGAUGGGCCUCAGCAUCGUUGCAGCAAAGGGUGCUGGCCAAGAUAAACUUGGAAUCUAUGUCAAGUCUGUUGUAAAAGGAGGUGCUGCUGAUGGGGAUGGACGCCUGGCUGCAGGAGACCAGCUCCUCAGUGUGGACGGACGAAGUCUGGUAGGACUCUCUCAAGAAAGGGCAGCAGAACUCAUGACAAGAACAAGUUCUGUGGUAACACUAGAAGUCGCAAAGCAAGGAGCAAUUUAUCACGGCCUCGCCACCCUGCUCAAUCAGCCAUCCCCAAUGAUGCAAAGAAUUUCAGAUCGUCGUGGCUCAGGUAAACCCCGUCCAAAGAGUGAAGGUUUUGAGCUCUACAAUAAUUCAGCUCCAAAUGGGUCACCUGAGAGCCCUCAGCUGCCUUGGGCAGAAUACAGUGAACCUAAGAAAUUGCCAGGUGACGACAGACUGAUGAAGAACCGGGCUGAUCACCGCUCCAGCCCCAACGUGGCAAAUCAACCCCCUAGCCCCGGAGGGAAGAGCACGUAUGCCCCUGGAACGACAGCGAAGAUCACGUCUGUCUCCACCGGGAACCUCUGCACCGAGGAGCAGACCCCUCCACCGAGACCUGAGGCCUACCCCAUCCCCACUCAGACGUACACCAGAGAGUAUUUCACCUUCCCAGCUUCCAAAUCCCAGGACCGGAUGGCUCCUCCUCAGAACCAGUGGCCAAAUUACGAGGAGAAGCCACACAUGCACGCAGACAGUAAUCAUUCCAGUAUUGCAAUUCAGCGUGUUACCCGUUCCCAAGAGGAACUUCGGGAGGAUAAAGCUUACCAACUAGAGCGGCAUCGGAUUGAGGCAGUCUUGGAUCGCAAGUCUGAUAGUGAUAUGUGGAUCCAUCAGAGCUCCUCCGUGGGCUCCAGCACCUCCAGCCAAGAGCACCUGGACCACUCCUCCAAGUCAGGCACCCCCGCGUCCACUCUGACCAAAAGCGGCCCUGGGCGCUGGAAGACACCCGCCGCCGUGCAGCCCGUGCCAAUGGCUGUCUCCCAGCCUGUGCAGACAGACCUGCCCCCGCCACCCCCACCGCCCCCCACACACUACGCUGGAGACUUCGAUGGAAUCCCCAUGGACUUGCCUCUCCCUCCGCCUCCUGCCGGCCAGACCGGACCUGUGUCUGCUCAGGCGGCGGCUGCAGAGCGGAGGAAGCGGGAGGAGCACCAGCGGUGGUAUGAGAAGGAGAAGGCCCGUCUAGAAGAGGAGCGGGACAGGAAGCGCAGGGAGCAGGAGCGGAAGCUGGGCCAGAUGCGCUCCCAGUCCCUGAACCCAGCCCCGUUUUCUCCUGUGACCGUCCCACACGCGAAGCCAGAAAAGCCUUCUACGCUCCAGAGGCCCCAGGAGACGGUCAUUCGGGAGCUGCAGCCCCAGCAGCAGCCCCGCACGAUCGAGCGCAGGGACUUGCAGUACAUUACAGUCAGCCAGGAGGAGCUGUCGUCUGGGGACAGUCUGUCCCCGGACCCGUGGAAGCGGGAUGCCCGGGAGAAGCUGGAGAAGCAGCAGCAGAUGCACAUCGUGGAUAUGUUGAGCAGGGAGAUCCAGGAGCUCCAGAGCAAGCCCGAGCGCAGUGCGGAGGAGAGCGACCGUCUGCGGAAACUCAUGCUGGAGUGGCAGUUCCAGAAGAGGCUCCAGGAGUCCAAACAGAAGGACGAGGAGGAGGACGAGGAGGAGGACGACGUGGACGCCGUGCUGAUCGUGCAGCGCCUCGAGGCCGAGCGCAGAGCGAGGGAUGAGGAGCGGAGGCGUCAGCAGCAGCUGGAGGAGAUGCGCAGGCGGGAAGCAGAAGAUCGCGCCAGGCAGGAAGAGGAGCGGCGCCGCCAGGACGAGGAGAGAGCAAAGCGAGAUGCUGAAGAAAAGAGGCGACAGGAAGAAGGGUAUUACAGCCGCCUGGAAGCCGAGAGGCGCAGACAGCACGCGGAGGCCGAGCGCAGAUUGCUGGAGCCGGAGGAGCCGGGUCUGUGCAGACCCCCGCUUCCACGGGGCUACGAGCUCCCGUCCCCGUCCCCUCCGGCCGCCGCUCCUCCUCCCCCGCCUCAGCGGACCGCCUCCUCCCUCCAGGCCCAGACCCUGUCCCCAGACUCUGUGUACACCGCCAGGCUCGUCUCGUACCACGAGGAGGAGGAGGAGGACCGCAGUCUGGCAGGACCAAACUCUUACAUGGGAUCGGCUGGGACAGCUGUUGGUGCCCAUGAUGCUUAUCGGGAUCCGAGAGAGAGACUGUCUAAAAGCCAUGAUGCAGAUGUACCUGGGAGUUCAGGAGCUCCUGAAAACUUGACAUUCAAAGAGCGUCAGCGUCUGUUUUCACAAGGUCAAGAUGUGUCCAACAAAGUAAAAGCCUCUCGUAAAUUAACAGAACUGGAAAAUGAGCUGAACACAAAAUGAGAUGAGGCCGAGGUGCCCGUGCGCCCCAGGAGCCUGUCGGCGAGGCUCUGGAGGACGGGCUUGGGGCAGGGGCCGCGCACCGUGUGUCCAGAUCCCAGAAGCACUGUUGCUGAGACAGCUGGGAUCCAGAGAUGGCCCCGUGCCAGGACGCUCUUGUCAUUCACCAGGAGAUGAUCAUUUAUACAAUGUAAACACUGUCUAAUUUCUUAAUCUGACUCACACGAAGAUAAGUUUUUUGUUUCUUUUUUUAGCGUCUGAGUGGCAGAGGGGAGAAUGCAGGGCAGGAGAGCACAGUGGGGACGUGUCUUUGCCCUCGCCCGGCGCGGCGCAGAGGCUGUGUGUGUUCUGGGUCGCUGACGGCACUGUGGCGACCAGGCAGGGAACCACCUGACCUGCCCAGACCUUGUUUGUGCCAUUGGGUAGCAGCUGCAGACCGCGUCCCCCGAGGGCAAGGUGUCCCCUUCCAGGAGAGAGAACACCUGAGCAUACCCCGCGCGGGGGCUCAGUGCAGAGCCCGCCCCCGGCCCUGCUCAUUCGUCUCCCCCCCCCCGGGGGGGUUUCCAAGGCAGCUCAGACCCACGCGGCCCAGAAGGGAGGUGGUGCCUGUCAGGACCCUGCCCCCUCUCUUUCCAUCCAGGGACAGCCCUCCUGCUAUAUUCUAAAUAGGUGAUUUAAAAAAAAAUUCUCCCAAGAAGAAAAUUUUGAGGAUUUAAGCUUAGGAUAUUUUAUUUUUAUAAAUGCCAGAUUAUUGUUAGACUAAUAAAUCAUUGGUGAUUUUGAAGAUGGCAGUUCAGUUUAGGGAGUUCACUAAGUAUCUCGACUAUUCAAGAGAAUCUAUAAGAGAGGAUCUGUUUAGCUGGGCCAUGCUGAUGUGGAGAGACAUGGAAGUAUGAGAGGGAUGGGAGGUUAGCAGUGAUGCUUGACACGGCUGGGGCUCAGGGAUUCUACCUUCGAGGAAGGACCGGUUCUAUCCACGUGUUGUCUGGGAAGGAAGGCUCGGUGACUUACGAUGUCACACAGCCUCGGACGGUAGUUCAAGCGAUUUUCUUACAUUGAAUAGAGUUACUUAAUUUUCAUUUUUGAGUCAUUGGGCAUCGCUGUUGUUUCUUCAGCUGUGACCGUGUGGCUGAUGCUGGGGAGACGGAUCUCAUGUCGAUUUCUACUGUGUGCCGUGGAAGUGCUAACUUACGUUGUGAUUAUGAGCAAACUUUCUACUUGACAAAACCCUGCUGUGGGGUCUCGAUGAUUCUUCUGUACCAGAUUGUUCUCUUACAAAUAUAUGUGUUAGAAAAAUACACACACUUUCAAAUAGAAAAGGGAGAGGCUUUUUAGCCUGAGAAAUCACUUUAAUGAGAGCUGUAUGAUAAAUCAUUGAAAUGCGCGUGUAAAUAUUUUUACGUCUAUCAGGGUUCUUAUUUGGAAGUGUGCUCUCACCAUUCCCCUUGUUUAAGAGAGUCACAUGGUUCUAAGUGUUUAUGAAGGAUGUGGGUGUUUGCUCUGGAGGUUCCAGGAAAAGCAGGCCCCUCCCAGAUAGCUCGAGAACACUGGCCGCCUUACAGGGACUAAAUGCACACUUUCUUCCAUGAAAAGAUGCAGAUGAAUUACUUUUCUGUUAAUAUAUAGAAAAAUAGCAACUACACGUAAG